AUGCUUAUCGUCCUCGACCUGCUCUUUGUCGGUGGUUUUAUCGCCGUCGCUGUCUUGACCAGACCCCACGGAGGUCUCAGCAGUCUUUGUGCUACCCCCAACGCACGCAAUGAUCCCAACAAUCGCAACAAUGCUUUGUGUAACUUGCCGCUUGCAACCUUUGGCCUGGCAAUCUUCAGCACGUAA